UUCAUCACAGAGUUGAGUAGAGAGUUGCUUAUAAAGAUGAUGCAGCCACAGCUCCUUCAUCAGCCCUCGUGGCCAUCCUCUUAUAACGUCGAUUACUCAACUCUCCCUCGAACAAGGCUGUGCGGUUUACAUGAAGAUUCCUAUGUAAGAGACAACUAUACUCACUCUUCACUGCUCACCACAACUGACUCCUUUGGAGUUUCCUCAGUCUCGGACUUUUCGGCCUUGUUUCCAGAUGCGUUUACUGAACUUUCAAGUUUGCAAUUGCAAAAUGAUAUGCAAAUACUGCCCCCGCUCCCGGAUGGUGAGUUUGAGGAUGUUUGCAAGUGGCUAAACAUCAGUGACAGCGAAGAUGGCAUAUCUUCUGAGGCUUCGUUUUCGAUUGCUCAAUCAUCUGAUGCAAACCGGCUGCCAGCUAUAUUUCCAGGGAGUGGAGUGGAAGUAGACACUCAAUUGAGCCUUCAUCACUUGCUGGGGGCUUAUGCAGAGGCCAUGGAAAACGGGCACGAGGAACUUGCAGAGGUUAUUGUGAAGCGUAUAAGGGGAAAGGCGAGCCCUUUGGGCGAAACGCUGGAGCGUGUUGCACACAGCCUAUUUGAAGAAGAUCAAGAAGGUUACCUAAGACAAGAAUCAAGCAACAACUUUGAGCAAGCAUUCAGGGCAUUCUACCAAAUUCUCCCAUUUGGGAGAUUUGCUCACUUUGCUGCUAACUCAGCCAUUCUUGAAGCCUUACCAAAUGAUGCAGAAACAGUAGUUCACAUAAUAGAUUUCGAUAUGGGAGAAGGGGUUCAAUGGCCUCCGGUGAUCGAAGCCAUGGCUCGAAAAAGAAGGGCUUUAAAUUUAAGACUCACAUCCAUAAAACCCAACCAUGAAUCCACCAGUAACCAAUAUGAGGGGACAAAGAGAAGGCUCUAUGAUCACGCAAAGCCAUUCGCCCUAAAUCUGCAGAUUGAGGAAAUGAGUGUUGAGGAACUAGCCAUCGAAACGAAAAGGAUGAAUAACAAAGGCCCAGGGAAACAAUGGUUGGCUUUCAACUGCAUGUUUAGGCUCCCACACAACAUGGCAACAAACAUGCCAAAAACAACUCAAGCCAUGGAGUUCCUAAAGAUAGCUAAGCAGCUUUUAGCCCAUUCUGAAACCCAAACCGGAAUCAUCAUUUUCGCCCACGGAGAAUCAGAGGGCUGCAACACUCCCACUUCAAACUACACCUCUUUCUUCAACAACAAACUAGUACACUACAAAUCCCUUUUGGAAUCAAUUGAAUGGCACUUCCCAGCUAUUCUCUCAGAAGCAAGAAUUGCCUUGGAGAGUAUUUUUCUAGCACCUUGUAUUAACUCUGAAUCUUGGUACCAAGACUGGGAGCAAAACAAGAUCAGAGGAACUUGUGAUUUUCAGCUGCAGAGGCAAACACUAAGCACGGAGAAUUUAGUCCAAGCAAAAGAAUUAGUGGGAGAAAGGGAGAGUCCAUACAGAGUCAGAAUUGAAGAACAUAAACAAAAUGAGAUGAUCUUGGAAUGGAGAGGAACACCACUGAUCAGAGUCUCAACCUGGAUGUAAAUUAGAAGACAAGAAUCUCGCCGGGCAAACAAACAACAUAGGAACGCACAAAAUUAUUUCUUUAUUUUAUUGGGAUUUUGUACAGAGAAGAAUCUUAUACUAUACAUUAUUUUAUCCUAGUAUAUAUCAUAUAUGUCUUUGCAUAGAUUGGAUUAUGUUAGUAGUAUAGGGAAACACUGUAAAGACCAAUACUACGUAUUAUUAAAAUAAAUUCUUUUUAUUAUAUUUGUUCAUCA